AUGUCCACCUCCUCCGGCGACCUCAAGCUCGAAAACACAAACAUAAAAACCAGCUCAGGAGUCACCCUAACCCCCACCCAAAAAACCCUCGUCUCCUCCAUCCUCGACCUCUUCGCCGGCCGCCCCAGCCUCGCAAAACUCCAACUCUGGACCGACGAUGCCACCUUCGAAGACCCGCUCACCGUCGCAACAGGUCGAAAACAAUUCGAACCCCAAUGGUACGGUCUCCAAACCGCGUUCUCAGAAAUCGAGCGUCUGCAUCAUGAAGUCACUUCCUCGGGUAACCCGAUCGAGAUGGAUCUGAAGACGAGAUAUGUUGUGAAGGGGAUUGGGAAGGAGCAGGUUGUUGAGAGUAAGGUUUUGAUUUUCACGGAGGGGGAGAAGAUAUCUAAAGUGCAGGAUAAAUGGGAUGGGAAGUUGCCCGAGAGUGGGAUUGUGAAUGCUUUUCGGAGAUUGAAUGCGAAUAGUGUGCCGCUUAUGGUUUCUGUGCCUAAGAACGCGGAGGAGGAUGCGGAGAGAGGGAAUCAGUGA